UUUAUGAAGUCAACCGGUGUCAUGUGACCAAGCUAGUGACGUAUGCGGAAGUAGCAGCACAGCAUGCACAGGCACAGAACAUUGAAGAAAUGUCUAUUUUUCCAAGGAUUUCUCUGAAGCCUGAAGUGACAGAUUUUCUCAGGAGUGUUUUCUUAAACAAGGAGGUGUUGGCUGCAGUCGGACAUCAGGAGGCAGAGUGUCGUUUCCAGAAGCUGCUCACAUGCCUGACUCACCCUCCUUCGUAUACUUGUGUUCGGGCCAGCACUCAUCUGGCUCCCCUGGAAGAGAUCAGACACAAGUUAGGAGAAGAGCUGAAAAAGCAGAUGUGCAACUCAUCAGCCGAGGAGGUCUCCGUUCAGAUUCUUCCUCACCCGCAAAUUCCAGAUGUGCUUCUUCUUCCUGUCGAUGGCCCGAGGCCUGUGAAGCAGCUCAGCUCAGAGGUGGUGGUUGGGGCUCAGUGUGGCAGCGCCGUACUGAGAGGUGCUCACGUCUUCGUCCCGGGGAUCGUUGCCAGCCCCAAGUACAUGAAGGCUGGAGAUGUGGUGUCUGUCUUCUCUGACUUGGAGGGUAAGUGCACCCGAGGAGCCACGAGCUUCCAGGGAAAGAGAGUGUUUUUGGGAAAUGGAGUCGCUCAAAUGGACCGCUCCAGCAUCUUCUGCACAGAUGAACCUGCCAAAGGGAUAGGUGUUCGAAUGGUGGAGCCACUUUACCAGAGUCCUUCCUUCGAUGGCGUUUUACCCAACCUGGCAUUCCUACAGAACCUUCCCUCUGUAGUCGUGGGCCACGUGCUCGGGCCUCGUCCAGGAGAACGGAUCUUGGAUAUGUGUGCUGCACCUGGAGGGAAGACCUGCCACAUCGCUGCGCUCAUGGGGGAUCAGGGCGAGGUCGUGGCUCUGGACAGGAUCCGAAAUAAGAUCGAUCGAAUUUGUCAAAAUGCCCAAAUGUUGCAUUUGCGUUCUAUCAAAGCUUAUUGCUUUAACAGCACUCGAGCUGUGAGCAGUGACCCGGCACAGGAAACUGAAGGACCUCCCUUCCCUCCUGAAAGUUUCGACCGGGUUCUGCUGGACGCUCCCUGUAGCGGACUCGGACAGAGACCCAACAUGGGCACGACCUGGAGCCUCAAGGAGAUCUGUUCCUACCAGCCGCUGCAGCGCAAGUUACUCCACGCUGCAGUGCGGUUGCUGAAGAAAGGCGGGGUUCUUGUGUACAGCACCUGCACAGUGACUCUAGCCGAGAACGAGGAGCAGGUAGCCUGGGCCCUCGAUACCUUUCCCUGUCUCACGCUUCAGCCUCAGGAGCCUCACAUCGGCACAGAAGGCAUGCUGGGAGCCGGCCUGUCACCUGAGCAGCUGCGCCUCCUCCAGAGGUUCAGACCCGAGCUGAGCUGGGACCAGACAGGAACGGCAGCGCCCCUCCCCUGCAGAGCCGACGGGGACACCAUUGGCUUUUUCAUUGCCAAGUUCCUAAAAGACUGAGCGGAGGGCAUGUUUUCUCUUACAGCACCAUCAGCUCUCACACGAGACUGCAGACAGGAACAACAGUGUUUAUAUUACGACACUCUGUGUGCUUUGAUGGGAAAGUGUUGACAAAGACGCUCACUGUGCUGUUUACAGCAUCUGCCUCUUAACAGCUGCUCUCUAAAACUGCGGGCCAUAUAGGGCUAAGCUUUAUAAACACAGAUUGCAGGGGAGAGGGGAGUGCAAGGAAAAGAGAGGGAGGGAGGGCACGUGGGGAUGGAGAGUGAAUGAGUAUUGGCAAAUGCAGCAGUGCUAGUGUCGCCAUAACAACAGUGACGACACAACUGCCAUGGAGACAGCGGAUUGGCUGGAUCUAAGAGCUCAGAUCAGGAAGUAGUGUGCAGAAAGAGGUCAUGAGCGGUAUUAACAAUUUAGUGUCUUUUCGUAGUGGUGGAGACAAAUGGGACCUCUAAUUAGUGCUUCUGCUGCUUGCUGCAGAAACGAUGCUGUGUGUAGUUCUGUCUGAAUCAAUGCGUUCACCAGAAGGAAAUUACAUUCAUUUUUUUCAUUAAUUUUUCAUCCUUUAAAAUGAGAUUUUUCUCUCUUCAUGUCCAUUACAUAUUAAGCAACUGCACAUUAUCUGAUUACACUGAUGAAAUGUUGGUCUAAAUACAAAUUAUACAAACACUCUUCACUAAUUUAUUCAGUGCAAAUUGAAUUUAGGGGCGUUCAAUAAAUCUGCACAGAACUUAAUUUAUAGAUUCGUGCCUACAGUGCACAAACAUCUGGCCUAUUCUCCUGUCAUGCAGCAUUUUAAGGACCUUCACACUGACCUCAGCUCAAUCCCUCUUCCUGGGAAAUACCGUUAAACCCUUAUCAGUCCAUCUACAUCCACAUCUGUCUGGAAACACCAGCCGACUGAACUUCACCUCCCUGCAUCUGUGCAUUUAACUGUAUGUAGUGAUAGACUGCUGAUUAAAAUGGCUGCUGUGUUCACUGCAA